AUGGCAACCACCCAUGAGUCCCUCCGGGACCGCCAGAUCAGGUCGAUCCAGCGCAUGCUAAAUUUGAACCAUGACCCCGAGGACGCUGAAAAUGCCCUGGCCGAACAUACCAGCGGUACCGCCCUCGCAGCUCCUUCCGCUCCACUACUCAACGCAGAUGGCGAUCCAAUUUGGAAACUACUGGUCUUUGACGACCUGGGAAGAGAUGUAAUAAGCAGUGUUCUGCGGGUCAGCGAUCUGCGCGCGUGGGGCGUCACAAUGCACAUGCAUAUAUCAUCCCCACGCCAUCCUAUCCCCGAUGUGCCAGUUUUAUAUCUAGUUGAGCCUACCUCUCCGAAUCUCCAGGCCAUUACCACCGACCUCUCUCGUGGGCUCUAUUCCCCCGCCUACAUCAACUUUCUCUCCUCGAUACCACGGCCUUUACUCGAAGACUUUGCGAAACAGACUUCAGAAGCCGGCACCUCAGAAAGCAUUGCACAGUUCUACGAUCAGUAUCUAAAUUUCAUUGUCGCGGAGCCGGAUUUAUUCAGCUUGGGAAUGCGAAAGCAAAACACAUAUUGGGCAAUAAAUGGUCGGCACACCACAGAUGAGCAAUUAGACCAGCUCUUAGACAGGAUUGUCAGUGGCUUAUUUAGUGUUAUGGUUACUAUGGGGGUUAUGCCUAUCAUCCGCUGUCCGAAGGGUGCCGCGGCAGAGAUGGUUGCCGUGAAGCUCGACCGAAAACUUCGAGAUCAUAUCUUAAACUCGAAAGAUAAUUUAUUUUCCGCGCCGUCGAACCGACCAUCGACCAGCACAGGCACGCCUUCAUCUCGGCCUGUCCUCAUCAUCCUGGACCGAAACGUAGAUUUGAUACCCAUGCUCUCACAUUCCUGGACUUACCAAUCCCUUGUACACGAUAUCCUGAAUAUGAAGCUCAACCGAAUCACUGUCGAGACCCCCAUCGACGAAAACAACCCUACCAAGGGCACCACCAAAAAAGCCUAUGAUCUCACGUCAAAUGAUUUCUUCUGGACCAAGAAUGCCAGCGUCCCUUUCCCACAAGUGGCGGAGGAUAUCGAUGCGGAGUUAACGCGUUACAGAGAAGACGCGAACGACAUCACAAAAAAGACAGGGGCUUCCUCAAUAGAAGAUCUCCAAAAUGAUACUAGUGCCUCCGCCCAACAUCUCAAAGCAGCUAUAACGCUCCUCCCCGAGUUGCGAGAGCGGAAAGCAGUCCUAGACAUGCAUAUGAAUAUUCUCGCCGGCCUGCUAACAAGCAUUAAGAACCGUCAGCUGGAUAACUUCUUCCAAAUGGAAGAAAACAUCAUGAAGCAGACAAAGGCUCAAGUCCUCGAGGUCUUAAACGAUGAGGAGAAGGGCAAGGAGCCAAUGGACAAGUUGAGGCUGUUCAUCAUUUGGUUCUUGAGCACCGAGCAGGAGAUAUCGAGAACAGAGAUGGAGAAAUUCGAGGAGGCCUUGAAAGCCGCCGGGGCAGAUAUCACCUCUCUGGCCUACGUCAGACAAGUCCGGGCCACAACCCGCAUGACUAUGAUGUCCACAGCACCAUCCCAAACCACCCCACAAUCCUCAACAUCCACACAGCUCUUCGGCGGCUUCUCCAGCAUCUCCUCGCGCCUAACCUCCUCGCUCAAAGAAUCCGGCGUAGGCGCCAACUUCGAAACCCUCAUUUCAGGCGUGAAGAACUUCCUCCCCGCAAACCGUGAUCUCACCGUCACGAAAAUCACCGAAUCCAUCAUGGAUCCCGCAGGCGCAAGUAGCUCCGCCAUCGCCAAAACCGAAAACUACCUGUACUUCGAUCCUCGGAGCGCGAACGCAAGGGGCACCAUGCCGCCCCCCAGUGCCGUUAGGAGGGGCGAGCAGAUGCCUGGUGGGCUUGCUGCUCCCGGGACGGGAGCUACGUUCGGACAGCGCCGGCAGGGGUUUAGUGAUGCGGUGGUGUUCACGGUUGGAGGUGGCAGUAUGGAUGAGUAUGGGAAUUUGCAGGAGUGGGCGAAGCGUACGGGGGCUGGGGGGAGUGGUGCUGUGCAGGGCGCUGGGAGGAGGAGGGUGGUUUACGGGAGUACGGAGCUGGUUAAUGCGGAGGAGUUCGUUAAGGGGGAGUUGUUCAAGUUGGGCGCUGAGGUACCUUGA